CAUAUACUGUAGGAUCCUAUAAAAAACACACAGACACCUCCCUAAUUGCAUCACAGAAAACCUAUAACUGCCUGUGAAAUAUUACUGUGAAAGUAUUGCCAUUUACACUAAAAUAGAGUGAAGACUUCAGAGGCAUUCUAGUUGUGUAAGGACCUUUGACGCGACCUUUAAGAAUCCAGCAACAUGUUGGUUGUACUAGCAGCUGUGUUUGUGGUCCAUAUUGCCACCACUGUAAUGCUCUUUGUUGCCACCAUUUCCAAUGUAAGUAUGACUUCGAACACUGUAGAUUAAAAAAUAGUUUCUUGGAUUGUAGUACCAACCAUUCAAUGUUAUAGUUUAUCUCUAAAAUAUUCUCCUUUUUCAGAUGCUGCUAUGAGAGCAGUUGAAUCCUUCAUGAUCUUGUCCAUUAUCUUCUGCUGUUUUGCACUGAUUGCAUUCAUUGCACAGCUCUUCACACUGGGUAAAGGAUCUCGCUUCUACAUCACGGGAGCUCUCAUGCUUUUCUGCUGGCUCUGUAUCCUUAUUGGAGUUUCUAUCUAUACAGCCAGAUUUGCAAAUGCCAAUGCAAACUUUUACCAUGCAUAUUGCUUUAUUUUGACGUGGAUCUGUUUUUGCCUCAGCUUUAUACUUGGAAUUCUCUAUAUGGUCCUGCGGAAGAAAUAAUUAUGCUACAUAUUUCUAUCAACCCUACUGCCUGUGAACUUUAACUUUAAAAACAACCCCCAGGCUUGCCAGUACCAGAACUGCUCCAUCAUGAUGGUACAGUUAGCAGGGCAAA